CUCUCGGAAGUCAGAUCAAACUUCGUAGACAGUAGAGAGAGAAACAUUAACAUUCCAGAGAGAAAAGAGAGAUUUGUUUCGCGGGAGAGAAACAAAAAAAAAAAAAAAAGAGAAGAGAAGAAAUUAUAGCGAGGAGAAAUAAUGUCGGCGUUUGAUACAUUCAGUAAUAAUGGAGGAGAAGGAAAUCCUCAUGGAGGAGGAGGAUUUGAUGAAGGUGGCGAUGGAUAUCUUGGUGGUUAUGAUUCUGGAUUACCAUCCCAAAGAUACGAUGAAUCUACGUAUUCAAAUUUUGCGAAUGAUGUUUAUGAAGAUCAUGAACAUGACAAUGUACUAGAUCCUAAUCCACCACCAUACCGUCAUCAAUCUGAUGAUUAUCAAGGUGGAUUUCCAGCUGAUGACAUUGAUAUGGCAAAUAAUUCUUCAGCUUCACCUGAGAUCUAUGGAUUUAGUUCAUCCCCAGCUAAUCAUAAUGACAAUGCUGAUUAUUCGUCUUCGCAAUCUCCUUUUGGUAAUGGGAAUGUCAAUGGGAAUGGGAAAAUCGGGUAUGAUAUGAGUGAAGAUGUUGAUGGGGUUUUUACUUCUGAUGGUCCUGCUCUUCCUCCUCCUACUGAAAUGCAACCUGAAGAAGGAUUUGUUCUUCGUGAAUGGCGAAGACAAAAUGCCAUUCACCUUGAGGAAAAGGAGAAAAGAGAGAAGGAGAUGCGCAACCAGAUCAUUGAGGAAGCUGAAGAAUAUAAACGAUCUUUCUAUGAGAAGAGGAAACUUAACUGUGAAACUACCAAGACCAAUAACAGAGAAAGAGAGAAGUUAUACUUGGCUAACCAAGAGAAGUUUCACAAAACUGCCGACAAACAAUAUUGGAAAGCUAUUGCGGAACUCAUCCCCCAUGAGGUCCCAAACAUUGAGAAGAAGAGAGGAAAGAAAGAUCCAGAGAAGAAGCCAUCUAUAGUUGUUGUUCAAGGUCCAAAGCCUGGAAAGCCUACUGAGCUUGCAAGGAUGCGUCAAAUUCUUUUGAAGCUGAAGCACACACCACCACCUCAUAUGAUACCACCACCUGAACCUGCCAAGGACUCUAAAGAUGCUAAAAAUGGAAAGGAUGGAAAGGACGCUAAAGAUGGAAAUGAUGGCAAAGAGGUUUCCAAGGAUGCUAAAGAUAAGGCCCCAGCUGCUGCUGGUGAACUUGCAAAAGCAGGAGAUUCACCUUCUAAAGCCGCAGUAGCAAACGGUACUCCAGAUGAGUCGUCGAAAAAAGAGGCCUCUCCAGAGGCAGUCGAGGGCCAGCCAGCAUCAGAACCUGAACCAGCUGUUGGUGCUUGAUCCCUUACCGUUUUUAACUUUUUAUUACAUUUUUUUAAUUUUUUUCGCGUCAAUUUUCUUGCUCUCUAUGAACCUUGGUCGCGCAUUGAUAUCUCACGUCACCCAAUUCAUUGCUGAGAAUAAGAACACUUGGUUUGUUUUUUUUAUGAGAAUUCUAUGGUCUCUCAUCAUUGUGAACUAGUGGAGAUUUUUUUUUCUUCUGUAGAAUUAUGUUUUGGACUACCAUUUGAUUUUCAAAUAUAUCAAUCUUUGUUGAAUUA